CCUAAAGAUAGCACAAAAAAGUUGAUAAAAUCCACUAAGAGCGCUCUCUUUGCCAUUUCCCCACUUUCCUUUGAGAAAAGAAAGCAAAAUGGCACUGAGAAUGUGGGCUUCCUCUACAGCAAACGCUCUCAAGCUCUCUUCUUCUGCCUCCAAAUCUCAUCUCCUUCCGGCUUUCUCCAUCUCUAGAUGCUUCUCCUCAGUGUUGGAAGGACUUAAAUAUGCAAAUUCACAUGAGUGGGUGAAACAUGAUGGCUCAGUGGCUACCAUAGGCAUCACUGACCAUGCCCAGGAUCAUUUAGGAGAAGUUGUGUUUGUGGAGCUGCCAGAAGAGAAAAGCUCAGUGAGCAAAGAAAAGAACUUUGGAGCUGUGGAGAGUGUCAAGGCCACAAGUGAGAUUCUAUCUCCAAUCUCUGGUGAAGUCGUUGAGGUUAACACAAAGCUCACCGAUUCGCCUGGUUUGAUCAACUCAAGCCCUUAUGAAGAUGGUUGGAUGAUAAAGGUGAAACCAAGUAACCCUGCAGAGUUGGAAACCUUGAUGGGCUCAAAGGAAUACACCAAGUUCUGCGAAGAGGAAGACGCUGCUCACUAGAGGGACUUCACUUGUCAAUGUUCCUUACCCUAUCUCUCUCAGCUUUGUAUCUCUGUAAUACUAAUUUGGUUGAAAGAUGAUAUCAUUCAAAUAA